UCGACUAUCUAUAAGACAAUCCUUAUUCGAAAUAGAAUACCCUUCGUACUUCCGGGUAUUCGAAGAUCGAGUUUGAAUAAAACGCCCCCUCCGUAUUCGAAUUCGAAUACCAGGUAUUCGAAUUUUUGCAUCAGCGUCAGUAAACGUUGCCAUCCAAGAGAUAUUUAUCAAUAAAAAUCAUUUUAAAAUACAGAAUACUGGAUAGAAAUCCCACAAAUAAUUCUUAGACACCGGGAUUUGAUUUAAUAUAACAGAUUUAGCAAUAUUGAAACAAUAAAUAUUUUUUGUCAAAUCUAAUUUGAAAUAUGGCAAACAUCCAGCAUGCAAAAAAAGUUAAUGACGGUCGUCAGUGCAGACAAUUUUGACAGUUAUGUGAUUGAGGGCUUUAAUGGAAUCUAAAACUUGUAUCUCAACUUUAUCUGCAGAAGACCUGCGGUUGCAUCUCCUGUCGACUAACAAACUGCCGGCUGGAAUUCCAGAAAAAUUGCUAGUUGGAAUUUUAAGAACCAAGGAAAAUUACAAUGCAGCCAUAGAAGAAGCAAAGAUCAGCAAAGACAACAUUCCGUUGAGUGGAGUACAAUUCGACAGCCCUCUAAAUCAGUGUAGGUAUUUGCAUGUUGCAGAACAUACCGUCCUUGAUUGCAUGCACGACUUUCUGGAAGCUGCUGAUAUUGAUGGACAGUGCCUUCUCUGUUUAGAUGAAGCAAAUGUUGAAGUACUUCAACUAACACUGGGACACAAGAUGAAACUGCUUAGUUUCAUAAAAACAAUCAAAAGUCAGCAGCCCCAAGAGCAAGAAAAGGAAUCUACUGGAAUUGUGGCUUGUGAUCCAACGAUAGAAUACGAACCAAUCGUCAACGAGAAUCAGAUACUUGAUAUCAUUGUGACGGACCAACCUUCAAAUAACAAUGUGAUUGAUUUCAACGUCAUCGACAUUUUAAAUGCGACCGACGAGGGGAAAGUAAUUGUGCAAAACUACCUGGAACGACUUGAGGCUUUCAUUACUGAAAAAGAGCGCAUCACAAUUGUUCAGAUCCUAGUGAAUCGCUUAGUGACAUUGACUGGAAAACUCGACUUAUUUCCCCCGACGGAGAAAAGAAAAAAUCUUGGUGAAGCCAUAGUGGCUGCGUUUCCUUGCCUGGGAAUCAACGUGGAUGGCAAAGUGUUUUCUUGUCAUUUCUAUAAUCAAACAACUGGAUCUGGUUUUAUUGAGACAAGGCUGAAAAGACUGAGGGAAGUUCAUCGUGAAGAACCACGCCGGAAGAGGCCAACACAGGACUCUUCUCCAAUCCAAAAAAAACCGCGUGUCACGAAACGGCCUCAUGUAAAGAAAAAUGCCGACUACAUCUUCAAUGAAGCCGAAUGCCAGUUUAAGGUUGAAUGGUUGAAGAGUCAUCCGCCUGGAGGAGAUAAUGACACAGUCAUCAUUGAGUACAGCAAGGCGACUUUUGGGUAUCGCCAAAAAGAAAUCAAACAAACUCUGACUGAACCUGGUCUCAUCAUGAAAGAAUAUCCCCGCUUCAAGGACUUCCAAAAUGGAUCUCUGUUUCAGGUAGAAUUUCAGUUACUCUAUCCCGAUGCCAAGAACUUCGAAAAAGUCUUUAAAGAAAAAUUCUUAUUUAAAAUAUUGGCUCUGGCUAAUAAAAAAAACAUUGACAUUCCUGACUGCCCUGACGAAUGUCUUAAGGCCGUUUUCGUGUUACUAAAGCUGACUCCAAGCAUCGUUAAACUCCGAAAAGUUAAUUUUCGUUUGAUUACGGAACGACUGAUAGUCUUUUUAAAGGAUAAUGCUGACUUGAUUCAAUUAAGCGAAACGCGAGACCCUCAUUUGAAGCAGCCAUUCAUCUGCUGCAUGGGAACGAUGGAAACUCCUACAAACUUCUGGAUUGUUAUCGAUCGUGAUAUAAUACUGUGUGGUAACGACUUUGCAACUGCUUUCGUUAACUUGUUUUGCUCGUUUUAUGCAUUUAAUUUAAAUUUCCCUCAGUAUUUGGAAUCAUUUUAUGGAUUUUUUUGAGGAAUGCGUUUUCGAUAUUAAAAUUCCUUCUCCCUCAGUAACAGCCUUUAGAGCAUAACUAGAAUGUUUAAGAGACCUACAAGGCUAAAUUGCAAUGCUAACACAAUCGAGCUUAAAAGGAAUGGCGCCCACUUUUAUAAAAGUGGGCGCUUUCAAGCUUAUAAGCUUGAUUGUGUCAUCAUGUGCAAUGAUGUUUAUUUUUAAGUUGAGGUGUUCCAAAAAUGCAAAUACUGUUGUCUUAUUUUGUUCUCCUGUUCUUUAUAAUAACAAACUGGGUUUUUUAUGAUAAAAAAUUUGUUGUAUUUGUAUAAAUGUUGUCUUGCACCGUUGUAGUAUGCUCCUUCCCAUGGCCUAAUCUCAGAUGAAUACAGACUUCUGAAAGACA